CAGGAAAAAUUAGUUAGCGACGCUUCUGAAGAUAUAGUGUUUGUUUCUGCACAGUGACAUAUUAUGUGUGUUGGGAUUGUGUAAGCAGAGGAGCAUAGGAACAGCAUUGCAUAGAAUUAUUAGGUGGUAGAGAGUACACAUUAACACUGGUGGUAAUUGCAAUUCGUUUUUUUCACCAUCAUUUUAUUAUUUAAAUGGCAAGUUUCACGAUGGAAAAAUUGGUAUAUAAAUUUAUUUAAUUUCUUUCCAAAAAUGUCAAACCUUGGAAUCAUGACAGUCAAUAUUUAUCGAUGGUCAGCUCAUAAGGUAACACAGAGAACUUUGCCAGUUAAAUGAUAUCCAGGGUUAAAGGUUAGGGACUGUGGAAAUUAUUACUCUGUGAAUUGAGGAAGAGGAAUGUUGGAACACUUAAAUUGCAGAGGAAUGUGAAGGUUUAUAGGUUUGUUUUACAAGCCCACUUAGGACUAACAUGGUAAGCAAUAGGAGGAUAGCAUUCAACAGUGCUUCUUAAACUGGUGAAUGGUUCACCCAAGGGUGAAUGAAAUUAUUUUAGGGAUUUUAUUUGACUGAAACUUGCCAAAAACAAGGAAAUUUAGUCGCGGGUGAAUGAAAUUUUGUGAUAAAAACUGAUGACAGUGAAUAGUUUAAAAAGCACUGGCUUAGAAGAUGUUUAUUAUCCCAUUGGUGUAUUAGUGCGAGACCAAAAUCAUGGCAUAUACAUCAGAAACGCUAACUUAAUAGGAAGAUUGAAUAUAAGCUUUAUUGUAUUUUUAUGGCUUAUAUUUUGUAAGCAAAAUUCCUAGUACUACUUAUCGUAAGGUAAACCCGGUAGCUCCUGUUCUGCCACAAGAGCAGCUACGAAACAAUGUUUUCCAAGAACUGCAAACAGCUUGAUAUGUAUGGUUUUUUUUAAAGAACGCAUAUAAGGGAAGUACACCAUAAUGCCAAGUUACUGCGCUGCGCCUGGGUGCUCACAUAGGGGCGGAAGGAGCAUGAGAAUGUAUUCCUUUCCCCGUGACCCCGUGAGAAGGAGAAAGUGGCACCUGAAUUGUCGGAGAGGCAGUUGGACGCCGACCAACACCAGUCGUUUAUGUCAGGCACAUUUUGAAGUUUCUCAGUUUGAGAGAAAUGUUCCAAACAAGUUGAAGCCAAAUGCUAUCCCAACAAUAUUUUCUGUGCCAAAUCCUCCCAUAAAAAUCUACGAUGCAGAAGAAAUGGCAGCAAUGAUUAGGGCCAAAGAUUUCCAGAAGGAGCAAGCAGCGAGAGGAUAUGAGCACAAUUAUGCAGCAAAUCAAAAGAAAGAAAGCCAGGAGAAAAAUAAGGCAAAUGCUGAAUUUCCUGAAUACUUGAAAAAAGGUGACCAUGCAGAGUGCUGGAAUGAAAUCACAAAGUUACGGCUGGAAAAUGUUAAACUUCAAAGGCAGAUGUUAAUGCUUGAUCAGACACUAAGACAAAUGGAGACCUCACUCGGUGCAUUCCUAAACCCUGAACAAAUUCAAAUGCUCAAAUGCAAGACCAAAAGGAAAAACUGCGUUUGGUCAGCAAACACCAUCAAACGUGCAUUCCAGCUCAGGUGUGCUGUUGGCAUUCGGGGAUAUCUGUUUUUGGUAUCAGAAGGCUACCCACUGCCAAGUUACAGCUCUCUGUGCUAUAGGAUGAAAACUCUUAAAUUUGAUCAGGAGGUGACAUCGGACGUAUACCACAUUUUGGGUAAAGGGAGAAACUUAAACCCAACAGAGAAAGAUUGUGUCCUGACACUUUGCGAAGACAACUGAUUGUGUGGAGAUGAUUUCGUGCUCUCUCACACAACUCCUGCAAGAAUCAGAGUUUGUUGCUGUACAAGGACUUCACGCUUCGAUGUUAGCAGGACUGCAAUUCCUGACUGAGGCAGGUAACCUGUAGUGAAAAUUACCGAAUCAACAAAACAAUCAAACACUCGUCGCCAGUGCUUAAUUCGCAGAUUUUAAUUACCAUCAGCAAUGCUUAAUCAUGCACGUUUUAGUGCAGUAAAUGCUUUGUUUUCGGUAGAGUUUGGUCUGGUGGUGUUGCAUAUUCUGUAAAUAAUAACUUUAUGCCCUAUUAGGAUGGUGUUGCAAUCUUCUCAUUGUUUUUCGAAAUUUAAUGGCGAGGUAAAUUGAAGUCUUGAGGCUAUAUAAUUGAAAUUAACACUCUACAAGCAUCCAUGAAUUCGGAACGAUUCUAAUAUAAAUAUUACAAGUACGUGCUUAAAAAGACGACUUUUAUACAAAACUGUUAAAGAUUAGGCAUAUCCAUGUAGGGUAUGUGCAACUUCUGUUAUGUAGGAUAACAUUUGUAUAGCAUUUGCAAAGAGUCGUUGUAAAUAUAAGUUUAGAGUACUCUGUUGAAUUGCUGUUGGGAUAACCAGUAUGGACAUAGUACUGUAGUAGGUUUUUCAUGCAGGGCAGGGCAUACUGAUAUAUGAUAUGAUAAAUGAUAUAUAUAAAACAUAUAUAAACAUUUA